GACCACGCUCCGGAAAUGGCUUAUGGACUCCAACCACAACAUCAAUUCGACACAGCGAUCAUGGCGAAAGCAGGCACCAAUGUGCAACCAUGCAUGGAGGUUCAUCCCGCCGAUUUCGAGGAAGAAGACCCAGAAGAGGUUCUAGAUGAGAGCGCCGACCCGCUAGAAGAGAGCGGACACACUGUUGACAGUAGCGAUGAAGAGAUAGACGAGAGUGUCGCUGAUGACAUGGCACGCUUCGAAGAGAGCUUUGCGGGCAUUAGCAAACGUUAUCGGCUCAUUAAUCGCAUUGGAGAAGGUACCUUUUCUACCGUAUACAAGGCCGAAGAUCUCGAGUACAACAACUACGACAACCGAUGGGAUGUCGAAGAGCGUGAGCGGCGCAAAUGGCAGUCGCCUUCAGGUCGGAAACGCCUGUCUCGCCGUCCCCACUACGUUGCCAUAAAAAAGAUCUAUGUCACUAGCAGUCCCAUUCGCAUAUUCAACGAGCUGGAAUUACUGCGUGACUUGAAAAACGGCGACUCUGUCUGCCCUCUGAUCACGGCUUUUCGGCACCACGACCAGGUCAUUGCUGUUCUACCAUACUACCAUCACCAUGACUUCCGAGAUUACUACCGGGACAUGACUAUCUCCGAGAUGCGCUUAUACAUGAAGAGCCUGUUCACAGCAUUACGUGCAGUACACCAAAACAAGAUCCUUCACCGAGAUGUGAAGCCUACCAACUUCCUCUACAACCCUCAGCAAUCGCGUGGGGUCCUGGUGGAUUUUGGUCUUGCGGAGCGAGAAGGAACUGAUUGGCACAAGUGCGUCUGCACAGAAACCCUAGAAGAGCGUCGGUAUCAAGUCGCCCAUAGCAUGUAUAUGCAAAACCAGCAAGCGGGCCACCAAACGACCAGUUAUCCCAAAAACGAUACCCGGAACAGUCGUCGGGCAAACCGUGCAGGCACCCGUGGCUUCCGCGCCCCAGAAGUGUUGCUGAAAUGCACACAGCAGAACACAUCCAUCGACAUGUGGAGUGCCGGCGUGAUACUUCUGACUUUACUCACACGCCGAUUCCCAUUCUUCCACAGUGCGGAUGAUAUCGAUGCGCUGCUCGAAAUCACCACCAUAUUUGGUCGAAAGAAGAUGAGGGAAACUGCUUUCCUACACGGCCAGGUCUUUGAGACCAAUGUCCCCAGCUAUAGUGAGCAUGGACAUACCCUCGAAAAGAUCAUCCUCUGGUGCACUGGCCGCACUAGUAGCGAUAAAGGAGCUCCCAAAAAAGAGCUCAGCGACGAAGAAAAGGAAGCUGCCGCUUUCCUCUACCGCCUUCUCGAGUGUGACUCUGCAAAGCGCAUCACUGCGGACGAAGCACUACAUCAUCCCUUUAUUACGAAAGCUUACGAAGAGAACGAAGCAGAGCAAGAUAUGCCUGACUUGGUAGACGCGUGA